ACACAUUUAAAUUUCACGAUUUAAUAGCAAAUUUUAUUAGUAUUAACUUAUUAUUAUAUUUCAUAGAGUCACGGAGCUAUUUCAUCGUUUUAUUUUCAUGGUAAAAAUUUAUUGAUCAUACAUGGUCGGGAUCGAAUCUGCACGUUCGUCGGAUUCUGCUUAAUUUACUAGGGGCACUCGCGAAAUCUCCUCCAAAAUGCGGAGUGCGCUUCUGGGUUCUUGGAUAUGGUCUUGCCUGUGCUUGUUAGGAAUAUUUCGAGCUUGCCAUGCAUUUUUUAUAAAUAUUGAGCCAGACAGCUCAGAAUGCUUUUUUGAUCGCGUCAAGGCCGGGAUCAAAGUGGGUUUAACGUUUGAAGUUGUCGAGGGAGGCUUUAUGGAUAUUGAUGUUCAGAUUAGUGGUCCAGACGGGAAAGUGAUCUACUCCGGUGAGCGGGAAUCCAACGGCAAGUACACCUUCGCCACGCACAUGGACGGCCCCUACCAGUACUGCUUCAGCAACAAGAUGUCCACGCUGACGACCAAGACCGUCAUGUUCAGCAUCGACGUGGGCGACGCGCCCUCCACGGCCAAGCCGUCGCCCGAGCAGCAGAACCAGGAGCACGAGAAGCUGGAGGGUAUGGUGCGGGAUCUGUCGGCGGCGCUGACGACGGUCAAGCACGAGCAGGACUACAUGAACGUCCGCGCCCGCAUCCAUUCCCAGAUCAACGAGAGCACCAACUCGCGCGUGGUCAUGUGGGCCUUCUUCGAGGCGCUGAUUAUUGUGGCCAUGACCGUCGGACAGGUGUAUUAUUUGAAGCGAUUCUUCGAAGUUAGACGGGUGGUUUGAACAGCAGCAAUGGACGAUCUGUUUUCUCACGAGCAAUGUUUCUUUUUAUUUUUUCCUCGUCGGGAUUUGUUGGUUGUGAACAACCGGAGAUUAGCUGAUGGUUUUCGCUUGAUACGGCUGAUCAGGAGUUUUUGAAAGAUGCUUUAAUAGUUUGGAUGGAAUUGGAAUUAAAAACUCGAUGCGUA